AUGCCGGCCCGUUUGAGGCCCCUGCAGCCUGGCCGCCUGGAGUCUGGCCGCCUGCAGUCUGGAUCCAGCGGCCGAGGAAACGGAAAGGUCGCAGGACGAUGCAGAGCGUUUGCGGGUCUGAGCCGCGAGGCGCCCGAAAGAAGACGUACGAAAGCAUCCAGAGAUGCUGAAAGCACUCGCGAGGAGACGGCUGAAGACACCUUGGGAUGUCCGAAGGCACCCCGAAAAAGGCAACCUGAAGAAGACAACCCGAAGAAGACAACCCGAAGAAGACAACCCGAAGAAGACAACCCGAAGAAGGCAUCUUUAAGAAAACAACCCGAAGAAAGCACCCUGAAGAAGUCAACCAAGACAACCCAAAGAAGGCACCCCGAAGAAGAUAACCAGAAGAAGGCACCCCAAAGAAGGCACCCCAAAGAAGGCACCCCAAAGAAGGCACCCCGAAGAAGGCAUCCCAAAAAAGACAACCUGAAGAAGACAACGCGAAGAAGGCACCCUUAA